UGUGGUAUGAGAGGAACACACCUGUGACUGGUGCCUGACUCUUCCCCGCCCUUUUACACGAAUGACCUCACAGGGCGCGCCGGCGCACUGGUAAUUUGUCAGACGCCAUUUUGAGCUGCCUUACGGCCAAAAAACACAGAGUCGCUACCAAGCUGUCGGACGCCCUGCUAAACCGCGAUAUAUCUUCGUGUUGGGUAACAGUUCCGUGGACGGCUUUUGACAAGUGUCACUCUAAACAGCGAUCAUUCUUCUCUUCUUUGGUGGGAACGUGCUGGGAAAACGCAUUUGGACGCAGGGUGUCAGAGUAAAGUGUCUGAAGACAGGAAGAUGAGUUUAUGACCAACGUGGCAAGUCGUGAAAGGGUAACAUCGUAGAGAACAGCAAAGCAUGAUGGGUAGUGUGGCGAGACUCCUGUGCAUCGCGGUCAUCUCAACUGCCAUAGGUGUGGUGCUGAUGCAGUCACAAGGCAUUGAGUGGCUAGAAACUGCAUGGGACCCGGUGAUCUUCGAACAGCCCCACAACCCUACGGUGUAUGACCCUGACAAGGCCUUGUCUGAGGGCAUCAAAUACGCCAACCUUACAUGUAGAGCCAUCGGUAGACCGUACCCAAAAUAUACAUGGACAAAAGACAAUACAGAAGUAGACCUGGCAUCGGGGAAAUACACCAUAGCAGGCGGCUUCCUGAUCAUCUACAACCCGCGGUACCCGGACGAUGAGGGGGUGUACCAGUGUAUCGCCUAUAACGAACAUGGGGCAGACGUCAGUGUCCCUGCUAACUUCAGGAUGGCACACGUCGGAGCAUUUGACAAAACUGCCCGCUCUCCGGUGACUGUGACGGAAGGAAGAGGAUUCAAACUUGAGUGUGGAGGUCCUGAUGCUUACCCUGCACUGCACUACGGAUGGUAUAAGGGCGUCGUUGCCAACAGGAUCAUUCCAAACGAACGGAUAUACAUCUCCCACCAAAACGGAGACCUGUACUUUAAAUACUCCAGGGUCAGUGAUACCGGGAACUACAGAUGCUUCGUCCAGAAUCAACUAUCGACUGACUUCUUUGGAGACAUAGACAACAGGUCCAGCCCUGCGAUCGCAGUCACCGUCAAUCGGGAUCUCAAUCCUCCUAUCAAGCCCAGAGAACCCGUUAUCAUGCUCAAUCCAGCCGACAUCGUUCCAAUCGAAGGAUAUACUGCGGAGUUAGAGUGUUUCGACGACGCAUACCCGGCAUCAGAUAUCCGAUGGAAACGACUAGACAGGCCAGCACGAGAAGGAGGGGUAGAAAUCCAGUUCCCGGCUAGGGCCCGGUUCAACUCCCACUCUCACGCCCUCAUCAUCCCGGAAGCUAGCGAAGAGGACGGCGGGAUCUUCCAGUGUACCGCUAGUAACGAGAAGGGAUCAGUCUCACAUGAGGGCAAGAUCGAAGUCAAAGUUCCACCCAAGCCGUUGGUAAGGGACUCAGAAAAGCCCCUUCUUGUCGGAGGCACGGAGGUUUUCUCCUGUGAAUCGGAGGGGAGUGAACCCCUGGUGUACAGUUGGUACUUCGGGAGGGACAAGAUAGUGACUGACAACGUCAAGUACAUCGUAGCCACUGACAAGCUGACUGUCAAGAAUCUAGAUCUGAACGACGAAGGGAGUUACCGAUGCAUUAUUACAAACGACUGGGGAGUGAACGCCACAGAAAUCCGCCUCACUGUGCGAGUACCGAAUAUCAAAAAACCAAUCGGUCAACAGAACGGAAUGGAAGGGUCCGAUAUAAUCAUGAAGUUGGAGUGGGAGGCGGCCCCGGCUCCUACCAUGGACUGGAUCAAGCAAAGCGAGGUCAUCGCAAGUAUGACUCCGGAAGGAGUUAUAACGACAAGUAGUUCAAAGUACAACAUAACGAAAGAGGGCUAUCUGAUCAUCAGAAACCUGGCUCCAGAAGACGCAGGAAGUUACAGCUUCCGAAUCCAAAACGUAUAUGGCAGUGUAGAUACCGCCGGAAGACUAUACAUCGCCCAGCAAUCGCGCAUCAUACAAGGCCGUGGACCCACAGAUGUCAACAUGGAACAAGGAGGUACUGUAACCAUCCCGUGUGAAGGACAGAUAGACUCCCUACUGGAAAGUGUCAACACUUGGUAUGUGGACGGCAGGAGAAUCGACUUCGAGAAGGAAUCUUUCAACUACAAGAGGGGUCCUAAAGGAGAACUGAUCAUUAUGAACGCAAACGUGAUGAUGCACGAUGGAGUCUACACAUGCGGACUGGACACCUCUUCGGAUGAACAGUCUGCAACUGCCAGAGUGCGAAUCAAAGGUGUGAGCGAAGCGCCAGUCGGCGUGAAGUUUGAGAAUGUGGGGUCCAACACCGCUACUCUCCGCUUCACUCAAGCCAACACCAACGGAGACAACUGUAAGGAGUACGUGGUGGAGGCGCAGACAGAGUUCGAUGACAUUUUCUUCACGGACAGACUGUGGACACAGGUUUGGCGGGGUUCACCAAACUCCCUCAGAAAUGCCCGGAAUGGAGGCAGGACUCUCACCCUGAACAACCUGAAGCCGAACACCGAGUACAGUUUCCGUGUCAUGUGUAUGAACUCAUACGGUAUGGGUGAACCGAGCUUCCCGACCGAAAGGAACAGGACCUUGCCAGGAGCUCCAUCUCGAGCACCAGGAAAGCUGGGUUACGGCAAUGGCAUGGAAGGAGAUGUGCUGAUGAGCUGGGAGCCACUCCAAGAGUCCGACUGGGGAGCAGACACGAUUGGUUACCGUGUGCGGUACCGCAGACAGGGGACCGGGGGGAGUUUCAAGACGGUCUACAUCGACAACCCUGAGGCCGCAGCCUACGCACACACCCAGCCUCCAGCACCCAUCAACGUGCCGUACGAGUGUAAGAUCGCGGCUUACAAUAACUACAGUGUCGGACCGGAGGCCUCGUGGAUCGCCUAUUCAUCUUCAGGACUACCGGACUAUCCGAGAAACCUUGUAAUCAUAGACGCAAUGAACGACACCGUGACCAUGCAGUGGGAUAAAAUCCCGAACUUCAACGGCCCGAUCCCGUUCUGGGGUGUCCGGUACUGGAGAGAACAAGAUCGCCCAAGGGCCGCUCGUCGAGCCAAACGUGCUCUCUGGUGGGAUACUUGGCUCCGUUACAUCCCAGAGGAAGAGGAGGAGGAUGAAACUGGGUUCAAGUACGCCCGUCUCUAUGACGACGGUAUCACGAAGGUACCAGGACCUUCCAACAAGGAGACCUACAUACUCCGUCAACUUCAGCCGAGCACGCUUUAUAACUUCCAGGUGCGAGCCUACAGCCAUCCGUACUUCGGUGAAUACAGCAACAUCACCCGAGCAACAACAAUGGGAACGAUAAACCCAUGGCUCGUCGGACUGCAGGGCAGCUGGUGGAUGCCGAUGCUGUUCUGGUUCCUGGUAGCGCUGCUGAUCGCGCUAUUGCUGACACUGUGCUGUUGCUGCUGUCUCUGGUGCAAGAGAAGGCGGAGGCGUAGACCGAAAAGCGAAGCCUUUACUAUGUACGAGAGGAACGGUAGACCGUCGAACUUUGGUGUAGAUGUUAUGACACCCUAUCACAAAGGGCGACUUAAGAAACUACGGGACACUAUCAUCCGAUACGUCAGCCCGGACCCUGUGGCUGAUCAUCUGGUAGAAAGAGAGGUCCUACCACAGGCAAUGGCAGGCCAGAUCAAGCAGAUUGAGGAACCAGAUUUGGCCAAUGAGAGGCUCCUGGACAUUCUGCCGAACCGUCCCGACCACGCCUUCGACCAUUUCUGCGAUGGAGUCCGCCCUGAACAUCCCUGGCUGUCUGAUCUACUGGAGGAGGAAGUGCCUGAAAUGACUGACGUCCACAAGUCAACUCUGGAGUCCUACCGGGAACCCCUGGCUGCUACUGUGGACCCUCAUCCUGUCAUCAACCACAUGAGGAUAAAUGAGUACUUCAACCCCAUGGAGGCGAAGCAUCUGGAGAGCAUUCCCACCAGAGAGGAGGCUAACCACGUGGUGAUUGACAUGGUGAAAGACCGCCCUGACCCCGCCUUCUACCACUACCUGGCAUGUGUGAACCAGCAGAACCCAAGUCUAGCUGCCGAGAUGGGAGGUCCUGACUAUCAGAAGGAAAUGAAACUUCACCUGGAGAAUGGGACCAUGGCCAGGCCCCGCAUGUUUGCUCACGGGCAAUAUGACGGCGAUUUGAGCGAAUCUGGUUCGGACAUGCCGAUGUUAAACAGCGUCAAUGAGUUGAAGAUGUCGAACAUGGUCGCUGUUGAGCCAGUAGAGACGAAGAUGACUAAGAUGGAUGUUGUGGACGCUCCAAAGAUGUCUUCUGGUCUGGAUGGCUACAUGGAUCUCCACAAAAGUGGCUCUCAGCAUCUAGAUCCCAACAUGCUCGGCAGAGCAUCAGGACCCGUCAGGGGUUCUGGUCUGGGAGUUGAUGUGAACAUCACUCGUGAGGGACACCCCGAUAUCCAUGCCCAACAGGUUAUGCAGCCAGGAGAAGAGAUGGAUGUGGAAGCACCAGAGGUCCAUCCGUUUGAGGCCCAGUCCGGAAGCACCAUCGAAGUGGAAAAUUCCCAACCCGUCAUCAUUGAGAUUAUCGGAGACGCCAAGAGAGUUCGCUGGCUGUAUGAAGGCACUCCCCUGCCCAACAACGACUUCUACCGACAGACAACCGAGGGCGAAGAAUUCCACUCCCUCUUCAUCGCCGAAGUGAACAGGCAGAACCAGGGAUGCUACACCUGCGAGGGCACCACAGAAUCAGGCGUGGUCAACUGUGACAUCUUCAUCAAAGUCCGAGAGCCGCAGUCUCAACUUGUAUAGAACCGUGGCCGCUCAUUUUGCAAACGUUCUGGACUGCCAAAGUGUUUUAGUAGGCAACACCAACGCGUACGAAAGGACUGUACAAGGGUCGAAGGUAACUACUGGUGACUUACGUAACGUUUAGUAUGUUCAUCGUAUGAAAGUAUGGAAAACAGCAACCAUUACUACUCUAUUACACGUUCUUAAGCACUAUGUGCUUGUAACUAUAUGAUUGUUCCUAAUGUAAACUAUUGCUACAUUACACAACAAUGAUCGCAAUAUUAAUACAAACACAGUCAUGUCUAUGUCAAUUUGGUGCCAAUCUCAACAUUCUUACACUAAUUCGUCUUUUGAAUGCUGAAUUCUACUACAUAAAGUAACUUUUCAAAGAUCAAAGAACAAUUCCAAGCUUUAUAUUUAUGGUAGUACUCUGUGUUGCUAUUAGCUGGGAGUUCAGGUUUAUUUUAGAGCAUAAAUACUUGUCACAAUACAGUUCACACCAAUGAUUAUAUCCAGCUACUGUGACUCACGCAAACUUGUGUAAGAAGUUGGAAAAAAAUGAAAAACUAUGAUUAUGAAUUAUGCAUUGAUGGCCGCAGCUGGCUAUGUAUAGGUAAAGAUGUCUAUUUGAUAUUGCACAGUAUACAUGAUUUCGCUUGAUAAAUGAUAAUUUAGCAUAUUCUUAAUCUUAGGUUAAGUUACGAUUAAUCCAGUUACUAGUAGCCAUGUGCUAGAAAGUCGAAGUGGUA